AUGGCCAAGAGGCCCUGCUCUGAGCGAAUGGAAUGGGACGCCCUCCUUCGCAUGUGUGUCAAAAGAUCUGUGCCGACAGCACAGCCUGGCCCGACUACUGAGGGCCAGCUGAGUUGGCUCUCGGUUGGCUCCGGCUCCGUUGCGCUGCUGAGUCCAUCUCUGUGGAUUUGUGUGAUCCUGGCCACACUGGGAUCUGUCUUGGCCGUGACUUUGUGGCUUGUCAUAUCCAGACAACAGGCGCGGAGCAACAGCAGCUCUGGUGAUGCAGUGCCAGACCAGCAGCCCCUUCAGAAAACGGAAGCAUCCGCCAAAGAGCAUCCACCCCCCUCGGAGACGAACGGCCGAGCCGAGGUGUUCCACAGGGCAGCGGAGGCCCCCUCCCCUUGUCAUCGGCUGCACCUCGGUGCGCCAAAAGACUCACGGUGGGACGACGGUUUCACCGGGUCCAGGGGCCCUUCAAGGCACAGCUGUACAGGGGGGGGGGGGGCAGCGCCUGCCUGCAGCCCCACGGCGGAUCACAGAGUCCCACUUCCUGCCACAGAGCUGGGUGGAACUGCCUUAGUUACAACUAAAACUGUGUAG